AUGUUGUGGAAUUGCACUUUUGUAUGUUAUCAGCAAGAAGAGCUGAACUCUUUCCUAUGGACCAUCAAGAGGAAUCCACCUGCUUAUCUCUUUGGAACCAUCCAUGUGCCCUAUACCAGAGUAUGGGAUUUCAUACCCCAGAACUCCAAGAAGGCGUUUCAGGAUAGUAGCAAUGUCUACUUUGAGUUGGACCUUACAGAUCCCUACACCAUCUCGGCUCUGGCCAGCUGUCAGAUGUUACCCCAAGGGGAGAACCUGCAGGACGUUCUGCCCAAGGACCUGUACAGGAGACUCAAGAGGCACUUGGAGUACGUCAAGUUGAUGAUGCCCCAUUGGAUGACCCCGGACCAGAGGGGCAAAGGGCUCUACGCUGACUACCUGUUCAACGCCAUCGCUGGCAACUGGGAAAGGAAGAGACCUGUGUGGGUGAUGCUUAUGGUCAACUCCUUGACGGAGGCAGAUAUAAGAUCUCGGGGGGUCCCGGUUCUGGAUUUAUAUUUGGCGCAGGAAGCCGAUAGGAUGCGGAAGAAGACCGGCGCUGUGGAGAGGGUAGAGGAGCAAUGCCAUCCUCUGAACAGGCUGAACUUGUCCCAGGUUUUAUUUGCUUUAAACCAGACAUUGCUGCAACAUGAAAGUCUACGGGCAGGAAGCUUUCAAGCCCCCUACACGACUGAAGAUCUCAUAAAGCAUUAUAACUGUGGAGACCUCAACACCGUCAUCUUCAACCACGAUUCUUCACAGGUCCCAAAUUUUAUUAACACCACUCUACCGCCACAUGAACAGGUCACAGCUCAGGAAAUAGAUAUCUACUUCAGACAGGAGCUUAUAUAUAAAAGGAACGAAAGGAUGGCCCGCAGAGUGAUGGCUCUACUGCGAGAAAAUCGGGAGAAGAGUUUCUUUUUUGCUUUUGGUGCAGGUCAUUUCCUGGGAAAUUAUACUGUGAUUGAUGUUCUGAAACAAGGAGGAUAUGAGGUUGAGCACACUCCUGCAGGGCAAAGCUUUACAAACUCCAAAUCGGAAGCCAACUCUGAAGACCAGGGGACAGACACCCCUUCAUUGAAGUAUUUUGACCAUAUGCCAUCCACCUCAUCUUUCCCCAAUGAUCCUGAUGAUGAGAUGUUGCCACCGCACCUCCUAUUACCAGACAGCAUUAGCCAAUUAGAAGAAUUCGGGAAGCAGAACAAUUGGCACAGGAAACACCACAGAAGCCAUCGCAGGCGGCAGUUCAAUGACCUCUGGGUCAGGUUGGAUGACAGCACAACCACGUUGCCUUCAAGUACUAGAACCGUCAAUGAAGAGGAAACUGCAGAGUCGAUCAUGUGGCUUUCCAACCGGGAUGACCAGUCUGACGUGUAUGUGGAGCUGAUGAACGUUCAGAGCGGCGCAGCACACGCACAUGGCCUGCCUCUACCUAUCGUCCUGCCUGUUCUGUUAACUGUAUAUAUAUACACAGUGAUGAGAACUGCAUCCUGACAGUAUACGGAUCUAGUCUCUACAACCCUCACCGGAUAAUCCUGCUUUGGACAUAGUCUGGAUGAACUUUCAGUGAGAAGAAGAAGAAAAUAAUUCAAACGCGAUCAAUGCAACUUAGUGAAAAAUAAGAGUAUUCUUGGGAAGGGAAACAAAAAUAAGUGUUGUGUCUAUAUACUUUGCUUUCUUAUACCAAACUUGUGCCUAAUAUCAAUGGGGGCAUCAUUUAUUUUGGGCUACACCCUCGUUUAAGAUAUGGUAUCUUAGAAAAGUACUCGCAAUCGGUCAUGUUACUGGUGAUUGUGUCUUCAUUGAUGGUUGAACCACCCACAAAUGGUGUCUUUCACCCCCAGAACUUAUCCUGAGGCUCCCAAGCCCCUAUGCAAGAUAUGUAACAGGGUCCCUCCCCCAACAAAGAUGGGCUACAGCCCCAUUCUAGACAUAAGUGCUAGGAAUUGGUCAUGUUCCUGGUGAUUGUGUCUUCACUGAUGGUAGAACCACCCACAAAAUGGUGUCCUUCAUCCCCAGACUUAACCUAAAGCCCCAUGGAGUCCCCCCCAACUAUGAUGGGCUACAGCCUCUUUCCAUCCAGUAUCUUCCAUAAAUGCCAUGAAUCAGUCAUGUUACUGGUGAUUGUGUUUCCAUUGAUGGCAGAACUACAUUUCUUUUAAGCUACAGACAAGGUGAAGACAUAAGCUCUUAUACAAGUAUUAGUAAUCACUCAUGUUAGUGGGGAUUGUGUGUUUAUUGAUGCUAGAACCAACCACAAAAUUGUGUCCUUCAUCCCCAGACUUAACCUAAAGCUCCUUAGUCCCAAUUCAAGAUAUGUAACAGGGUCCCAUCUCCAACUAUUAUGGGCUACAGCCUCAUUCAAGACAUGAUAUCUUCCAUAAGUGCUAGGAAUCAGUCAUGUUACUGGUGAUUGUGUAUUCAUUAAUGGUAGAACCACCCACAAAGUUAACCUGAAGCUUCGUGGCUCCAGUGCAAAAUAUGUAACAGGGUUCCCCUAACCAUGACUUAUAAUCUUGAUGUGACUAUUGGGCAGCUGGACCUAGGUGACACUGUACCUCUAGCUAGUGUUAUUAUAUGCACUGUUCCGAAAAAUGAAUUAUAGAAAAGGGUUGUCUGAGAAUUUAAGAACUAAAACUACCUACAGGAAAUGGUAAAAGCAAAAAAUAAAGAAAUCAACUGGAGCAUUGGCGCUGCACUGGCGAUUUG